UACUUACGCUAACAACUCUAAUCGAAAGGCCUCCGAUCGUAACCUAUCGUUUCCCGCCACUUCCAAGCUUCCCUUCCUCGACUGCGCCACGACUAUGCCCACCCCCAUAGUAGCUUUUCCAUAAUCACCGUCUCUGAUUGUGUGCGUGUGUAGAUCUUUAAAGAGGAGAAGCAAGUGCUUGUAUAAUUCGAAGAAGAAAUGUUGUGGGUGGAUAAAUAUCGUCCCAAAACCCUAGACAAGGUUCUUGUCCACGAAGAUAUUGCCCAAAAUCUGAAGAAACUGGUGACUGAGCAGGAUUGUCCUCAUCUCCUAUUCUAUGGGCCAUCCGGUUCGGGUAAGAAAACCCUUAUCAUGGCCCUUCUCAGACAAAUCUUUGGUCCCGGAGCUGACAAGGUUAAAGUGGAAAACAAAGCUUGGAGAGUUGAUGCUGGGUCGAGAGCAAUUGAUGUAGAGCUUACAACAGUAUCAAGCACACACCAUGUUGAACUGAAUCCCAGUGAUGCAGGAUUUCAGGACCGGUAUGUGGUUCAAGAGAUUAUUAAGGAAAUGGCAAAGAACCGACCAAUUGACGUCAAGGGAAGGAAGGGUUUCAAAGUUCUAGUGUUGAAUGAGGUUGACAAACUCUCAAGGGAAGCCCAGCACUCUCUGCGAAGAACGAUGGAGAAAUAUAGUGCAUCUUGCCGCCUAAUUCUCUGCUGUAAUAGCUCUUCCAAGGUCAGUGAAGCCAUCCGCUCUCGUUGUCUGAACAUGCGUAUAAAUUCACCGACGGAAGGAGAGAUAAUGAAGGUGUUGGAAUUUAUUGGAAAGAAGGAAUCAUUGCAACUUCCUCCUGGAUUUGCUGACCGGAUAGCACAUCAAUCUAAUCGAAGCCUAAGGAGGGCAAUACUGUUGUUUGAGACUUGUCGUGUCCAACAGUAUCCUUUUACCUCCAACCAGGCUAUACCACCUAUGGAUUGGGAGGAAUAUGUUUCUGAAAUAGCAUCAAGCAUAUUUAAGGAGCAGAGUCCUAAAAGGUUGUUUGAGGUACGUGGAAAGCUAUAUGAGUUACUUGUUAAUUGUAUCCCUCCAGAGAUCAUUUUAAAGAGAUUGCUUUAUGAACUGCUGAAGAAAUUGGACUCUGAGCUCAAGCAUGAGAUCUCUCAUUGGGCAGCUUAUUAUGAACAUAGGUUGCGUCUUGGACAGAAAGCAAUAUUUCACCUUGAAGCAUUUGUAGCCAAGUUCAUGAGCAUCUACAAGGGUUUCCUCAUCGAGACAUUUGGCUGAACUGGUGCAUAUCCUGACAGGAAGAGAGUACUUUUGGCUGAACUUCCAUAAUGAAGAAGAGAGUGUUUUAUCCGAUCGUUAUCAGUUCUGCAGUCGUACUUUGAUUGGCUUCAUGACAUGACAGCAUGUGCUAUGUGAUUAUGUUUCAUUUCUGAUUCUCA